CUUGCCGCCAUAUAUCCGCCGUAGCGCCGUACUUUGCGCCGGACAGGUUUUAGCUGGAGGGUUGGUUUCAGUGACCUUUUCUACUGGUCACAUACGUGGAUGACGUAAGCAGUCAGUUCUUCAAGUUGCCUUGUGAGGGAGGGUGCUUGCGUGUCGGUGGACGCGCGUCCAGCCUUUAUAAGCUCUGACAUCGACCACUACCACCACGAUCACCACCAAACCCACAAUGUCAUCCCAUAAGCAAGAAACCCAACUUCUCGGCCUCGGAACGCCCUGCUCAUACCCUCACUGCUCUCUCAUCGACUUCCUUCCAUUCAAAUGUCCGCACUGUCCAGGCACUCCUGCCUUCUGCUCGGAGCAUUUCCAUCCACACUGUACUACCGCACACGCACACCUAGACCGUGUAGCACCAAACUGCCCUCUGUGUAGCGUUCCCGUCGCGAUUCCGCCUGGCGAGGACCCGAAUGUGCGCAUGGAGAGGCACAUCAGUCAUUUCUGUGAGGUGAUGAAUGAUGGUGGUAAACAGCAGGGAAAGGGUGGGAGUAAGAUAUGCGCUAGGGGAAAGUGCGGUAAGGUACUAUUUGCACCCAUCGGGUGUGAUAAAUGCCACAAGGAGUUCUGCCCUCAACACCGUUUUCCAAAAGAUCAUAGCUGUUCGUCGCUCCCUUCACAACGGCCGAACACCAGUUCCACUUCAAAGCCAUAUAUCAGACCGAACCCUGUGUCAGCCACCCCCAGCUCAUCCUCAACCAAAUCUGCCCCUACGGUCAUGUCCAGGCCCGCUCCUUCAUCUAAACCGACAUCAGCACCAUCCAUUCCCAAGCUUUCCCUCCCAGUCUCUGUCCCAAACGCAUUCUCUAAGACUGAUAGACGCGCAAAGGAGGAGCGCGCUAGCAGGCUCAAGGCCAUGACAGAGCGCGCCAAUAGAGGUCUUCUCACAGAAGAAGAGAAGCUCAUCCUUGCGCAAGAAGAGGCAGCACGCGCGCAGCAAGUCAGAAAGGGAGACAAAGAGUGUCGUGUCAUGUAGCUUUCCCCCCUGAACUUGACUUUCGACGCCAAGAAUUUCACAUAGUACCCAUAUACUCCACCGUAUUUAGAUUACCCCCACAUUUGUAUUUCCUCGAACCCCUGUUGGAUUUUGAUGACAUUAGGCUCAAAAUUUGUGGCAAAGUCUGUUGCUUAUUGCAAUGUUAUGACGGUUGCAGGAUUGUGCUGAACAGUGUGUUGAGUCUCAAUUCACUAGAUACGACCUUGAGGUACUUAGAUGAAACGGUG